AUGGAGUGCGGCCGUCUCAACAACGGCUUGAGGUGGAGCGCGUACUCUUCCGCGUCAUCAGACACAAUCAUGCCGCCCGUAGUGAUCGAAGACUUGUGCGGAGACGAGCAGUACCCGGUGACCGACAAUUAUCUGAUAACUUUCCCGGAAGAGGAUAGCGAGCCCGAAUCAGCUCGUGACAUCAAAAAGCGGAUUUCCGAAGAAAUAGACAUCUUAAACGAAGCUCCUAAACUUCUUAAUCGUUGUUACGAAAACCCUCUUUUCAUUCCGGCCAGCGAAGUUUUAAAAGACGAGAUAAGUGACGACGGGGACACUGAGGAACUAAUGAAGAGUGAGGCAAAAAAGUUUGAGGAUUAUAAGUUUUGUGAGGCAGUUAACGACUUCGAUAUCGAGUUGGAAGCGGGGGAGGCGGUGCCUAUAGUGUACCUGUCGACGACGCGAGCCGCGCGCUUGCAGAGGGCACUGCGGCUCGGCGGAUACAAAAAGGUGGGCUCUUUAUUAAUAUCGCCGCUGUUCUCUUACGGAAACAUUUUUGACGCUUUUUCUCAUUGUGUCAAACCUUAUUGGAGUCAAAGUUCGUGA